GUUCCCUGGUGCACCCUCCUGUCAGGACCCUGGCUAUGCAGACAGACCCGUCAAUCAACUCUCCUGAGGACUGAGCUCUGCCACCCACCAUGGGGCACAAGAGGCUGGCGACGGGACCACCCAUGAUAACAGAAGAUGUUUUUGAGGACUUCCUAGUAACAGACGACCUGCUUGUGGACUACUUCAAUGAAUUCUUAAGUCUACCAGCGUUCACUGAAGCAAUCAAGUUCAACAAAAUAUAUGGAGUUUUCGAAGUGAUUAGCAACGUUCCCGAUCAGCUGGAACAGCAAAUUAAAAAGGUGUUACGUGAUUACCGAUCACCAGACCCCAUCUACAAUGCACUGAGUGUCACUGCUCUGAGCUCGAAGAAAUCCUCUGUUAUCGAUGUAAAAAUUGACAAUAAUUAUAGUGUUAUGUGUUUGAAUCGGGAACAAGGUGUUGAAUGGAUAAAAAAGGAAAGACUUCCAGCAUUUCUGAAAAGUGACUGUUAUUUUGAAUACAGACUUGCUAAGUUGUUGUCUCAGGUGAAAGUGAAUAACACCGGAGUGAAUUUGGAGAUUGAUCCCCAUUAUCAGCCCUGGAUGCUCAAAAAAGUAGUAGCUGCUUCCCCAUCCCCCGAGACUGAGAAUGAAGAAAUUAUGAAGAGGUUCUUUGUUACACUUGGUCAGGCUUCUUUUACACAGACAAAAGAAUGGUUUACAAUAGCAAAGCAAAGUGCAACUCUCAAUACCACAAAUUCAAUGUCUGGAACUAUUGCCUGGAGUGAUGACUAUAGCCGAGUUCUUCAGAGUGUUUCAAGUCACCAAAACCGAAGCCGUCACCACACUAGUAAGAAUGCGUUGUCUGCUAAGUCUCAGAGGGACAGUAAGAUAAUGCAGGAUACACAGGACAAAGACGAAUAUUCUGUAUCGAUUGCACCUUCCCUAACUCCAAGUCCAAUAAGACUUUAUGUUAAGCAGAAACCAAAAGAAACCAUUCCUCACAAUACCCAAAACACUCAAAAUCCAGUCUUUCCAACAAUAGAGAACUUUGCUUUUUAUUACGUUGAUCAGGUUAUAAAUUCUGCAGUUUCCAAGUUGAAUGGUAACCUCAUGAAGAAAAGUUUAGAUGGGAUGGAUAUUUUUGACUUGUCUCAGGUGACAAUCCAAAGACUCUCUAGUACUGGAGCCCCUUCCACCUCCUCUGAAGCCUCCAUUGAUGAAGAGCUUGAUGUCUCCGACUCAGAUAGCGAUGGACAGGGCGUUCUGGAUGCUCUUGAUAAUAAACAGGAAUAUUCCCAUAUUCGUUGCCGGAAAGAUUUUGAAAAGUUUAAAUCCUUUAUUAGGGGAACUUCAGGAGAAAAACUUUUUUUGCUGUGGAUGGACAUUGAGAGGCUCAAAACUUUGAAGGACAUGACAAGAAAACAGAGACAUCUUAACAAGAUGAAAAACCUAUAUAUGGUGGUAAUUGGCGACCAAUAUCUUCAGGCAGAGUUCCUGACAAGAUUGGACCUUCUAGACACAAAUCAGUGGAAUGAAAAUCAUCUAAAAAGUGUCCAGGCUGAAAUAGCUAAACCACUGCUUCUGUACUGGGGCCCUAGAUUUUGUCUGUCCAAUUCUGUAAUGGCGGCUAAAGUUGGUGCCGAUCUCCAAUUACAUUAUGACCGGCAACUGAGACCGAAGAGAGAUGUCAACCCUUUUGCACAAACGAUAACCCUGCUGCCUCUCAGACCCAAGUCUUGUAUGCCAAGAAUUUCCACCUCCACGACCACGGCGGAUGAGACUAAACAAUCAUAUCCCAAGACAAUUAAAAGUGCCUCUUCCCUUAGACUGUCUAGAAGACUGAUAUCUGCAAAUUUAUUGCCACAGAAAAGACAAAUGAGGAGCUUCCCCGGCAGUGCAAGGCAGGCCACCCAAAGCAGGACACAAGUUAGACCCUUGAACUCGAGACCAGCAACUGUACCUGCAAAUGUGGUCAAAGAAAGAGCGGAAUCAAAGCCUCAAUACAGUGCUAUGGGGGAAGACACCCUUCCAAGCAUAGAUACAAGCUACAGUGUUCUGAAAAGCACAAAGAUGGAGGAAAUGUUGCAAGCUCUGCAUCUGGACUCUCGGGCCGGUUACUUCUUUACAACAUUCUGUGAGCAGUCAGGGAACAAGCUGUGGGAGAACGGAGUCCACUUCUGGUUUGAUCUACAGUCCUAUCAUCACUUGUUCUACCAAGAGACUCUACAACCUUUUAAACUGCGCAGACAUUCCCAACUCAUUUUUGGCACUUACCUUGCCCCUUCAGCAUCCAUGCACAUUGGUGUUGAGCAGACCAUAAGGAAAGAGAUUUACCAGAAACUUGAUCCACCUUUUGAGGAUUUAUUCGACUCAGCUGAAGAAUACGUCCUCACGUCUCUGCUCUCCGCCUGGACACAGAUGACUGAGUUAGACAGGCAGGCCUAUGGGAAGGUAGAACUGGUUGAAGAAUCUCGACAGCUGGAGUCAGGAAACUAUCGAAAGCUACAGGCCUUGCAAGAGGAGAGAGCGUCCAAGAAAUAUGAAGAUCAGGUCAACAAGCACAUCUUUGUUCCUCCUCCUGACAUACCUAAAGGGCCCAAUCUGUGGGAGCUGGUUCCAGAAGAAUACAGGAAUUACAGCCUUGAUACAUUACUUCGGCACAGGAUGGAGCUAGAGCACUUCCGUUCCUUUCUGGAAGAUCAUUUUGCCAGCAUGGAUCUCAAGUGCUGGUUGGAUCUUGAACAUCUCAGAAGGGGUUCACACAGAAAAAAGGAGGAACGUCUAGAAACUUCUAAAGAUAUAAAAAACAAAUAUCUAAAUAAAAAAUAUUUCUUUGGGCCUAACAGUCCAGCUACACGAGAUCAGCAGGAGCAGGUCAUGAUGCUGGCAGGAGGCUGGGGAAAGCUUCUACAUGAUCGUCUGCCUCCAACCGUUGUCACUGAGAUCCAGAAAUAUGUUCGUAUGAGGAUUGAGAAGAAAUGGCUACCCAUGUUUCUAUCAACAGAAGAAUUUAGAGAACGCCAGAAACGUAAAUCACAGAUGAAGGAUGUGGCAGAAGAUGUUAUAUUCCAAACAAAUAAGAAGAAAUUGGGCGUGUGGAAGCAGUUAGACAGCAAGUGGAUUUCUUCCUCCAAAGAAAUUAUAGCUUUCCGCAAGGCAUUACUGAAUCCAGUUACAGCGAGCCAAUUUCAACGGUUUAUAUCCUUAAAGGGAGAUUUUUUUGAAAAUGGACUGCUCUUCUGGCAAGAGGUGCAGAAGUACAAGGAAUUGUGCCAUUCUCACUGUGAUGAGUCUACAAUUCAAAACAAGAUCACGGCGAUCAUCAACUGUUUCAUCAACUCCUCCAUCCCACCGGCUCUUCAGAUAGACAUUCCUCCAGAACAAGCAGAAAAAAUUAUAGAACGACGUCGGGAUCUAGGGCCAUAUGUGUUUCGGGAAGCACAGAUGACAGUCUUCAGCAUAAUGUUCAAGUACUGGCCUGAUUUCUGUGAAUUCCGGAGUCGUCUGACAGAUGAGAAGAUUGUGCCUUUACUGGAGCGGAAGAAGGCGAAGAAGGUAGAACACAUGAAACAGAAAAUGAGAGAACAAGAGAAACUCGUCAAUCAGCAGCAACAGGAAGACUCUAAAAGAAAAGGUACCUUGUCAGAAAUAUACGAUGAUAAUGACAGCACUUACAGCGAAGAGUCAUUUUCUGGCCGCAACACUUUUGGACGUAGCAAAAACGUAUCUUGGAGUUACUCAAAAUACUUGGAGGCCCUGGAGCAGGAAAGAAUGCUUCUUCAACUACAGCAAGACUUGGAAAAAAAAGCGGAGUCAAGUGUCAUGUCAGAUGACUCCUCAAUCUACAGUGUGAAAACAGAUGAAUCUAAAAGAACUGGUAAGACUGUCGGCUCAUCACACCAGUCUGCACAGGCGCAAAGGAUUUCGUCAGCCGCAAGACAAUAACAGUGCACUUGUCUUUGGCGUUCCUUCUGAGGCUGGAGCUCACACUGAAUUAUGGCCAUCGUCAUUUCAUUAAACUGUAUUACA